AUGCGGUCGCACACAAUAUAACAUAAAUAACUCGUAUUCGGCGGGAAAUGGGAGAAAAGGAAGCGUUGCAAUAAAACAAUUUUAAACGUGUAUAAGCACACAAAAUUUAAGGCUGAUUUAACAAUAUAAGGAUGCCGCCAACACCAAAAGGAACAUCGCCAGCCAGUCGUAAACGGUACUGCGGUCUGGGCAAUCAUCUACUGCGACCUCCACACAAAACAAUUACCAACGAUAAACUCCUGAGUUUCGCCAAACAUAUAAAUCCGGAAUUGCGUAGGACUACGCUCAUCUGUGGAAGCUGCCUUGACACAUUGCUGAAAAUCUACAAGGUCAAACUGAAACACGCUGUGCAAUUACGAAAGACUAAAAAUCGUACCGCAGGCACCACAAAUUCCAUAUCAGAUGUGAGCACCAGUCAACAACAGACACAGAGCUCUAGUGUAGUAUCGGCAUACUCUUCCACAUCCGAUAGUCCGUCAGCAACAUCAACUAACAACGGUGAGGUCUCCUCCAGCACCAACACGAAGCGCAAACGUCUGGAGCAGCCAUCAUCCAGCAGCGACGAUGAUGACGAGUCCAUGCUCAGUCUGAAUGCUGUGAAUGGAACUCGUCUCCCAAAUAUACAGCCAAUACCAAAGCGUCGUCAGUUCGUCCACCUAAAUAAAGAUGUGAUGGACAUUUAUUUGAGUGGUACAACGGGCGGGUAACAGAGAUUGAAUAUCUGUUCAUUAUUAAUAGAUUCUUUUGGGAAGUUCUCUGGCAGCUUCUAUUAACUCGCAAUUAA